GUUUGCAUUUGAACUGCUUGGCGGGUGUCUGCCAUGGCGGCGUCACUCCCGAGAUCUGAGAUCCGACUCUUCCGAACGUACGGGGCAGCCGGUGGCGGGGGGCCGCGGCGGCGGCCGGGCCGGGCAGCGGCGCAGUGGUUUCCACCGCAGAACCGGAACGGUCUCUUCAGCAGCGACACCAGCAGCGGUAGCCCGUCGCAGCCUGAGGCUUCCGACGACUCUGACGACCCGGACUUCCCCGGCAGCCCCGUCAGCCGACGGCGGAGGCGUCCUGGCCGCGGAGUCUCCAAGCAGCAGCCCACCCUGAUCGCGACCCCAAGACGCCUGAGGCUGAGAGCACGGCCUCCGCUGAAGUGCAGCACCCCCUACUGCCCGCUCCGACCGCCGCGCUUCCCCAGCAGCCGCGGGGGCCGUCUCAGCGACUUCAGUGAAUGCAGCCAGCCCAAGGACCACGACGAGCUGGGCCUCAGUGCCUCCCUGAUCAGCCCCCGGCCCUCGUCUGGCCCCGGACCGCCAGCGCCAGGGGAUAGUAUCAUCUCCACCUGUCCUUCUGCCUCUUCAGAUGCAACCUCUGCAAACUCAAGUGGUUUCCACUUGUCAUCAGCCUCCCUGAACCUAGCAUCUCCCCCACGCUCCCAGGAAACAGCAACAGAAGGAAUCUCGGUCACUAGUAUGGUCCACCGAGCUCAUACCAGCCUCACGUCUGCUCUCUCUAGCCUUAUGGACUCGAGAUAUCCAGUGGAUCGUGAGUGUGGGACACACAGAAAAAACACGGAGUCUUGUUGUAAAAGGAAAGUGAUGGGAAACAGACUGGAGGGCACAGGUAAAAAGAGGGUCACAGGCAGAGACUCAUCUCAAAAGAGAGGGUCUCAAAGGGCCACCCUGAUAGACUCUGAAGAAGCCACUGGUUGCAGAGGCCAUAUCAUACCUAGGAAAAUCAACAGGCCUAAGAGGACUAGGCCAAGGCAAAAGAGGAAACAUCAGGAAGCAGGGGAAACCUCUCCUCUCCAUCACCACCGAUUUAAAAAGAGCCAAAAGAUGGGAAAAGAUUCAUUCCUAUCUCAGGACCUGACUCAUUUACCAAAGUCCUGUUCUUGGACCAAAAUCAGGGCCUCCUUCAAUUUCCACAAGAAGAAAAUUGUGACUGAUGUGUCAGAGGUAAGCAGCAUCUAUACCAUUUCCAGUUCUCCCUCUAAGUCUUUUGUAUCAGAAUGUUCAAACCCUCCUGUCUUAAACACAACAAAUACUGCUCUGUCCCCACGGCACUCCUCUUCUUUGCACUUGCUAAGCCCUUUAAACAUUAUACGUGUUGCGGACAAAAAGGCCUCUGAGGCUGAAAAGGUUUUUUGGGAAUGCGGUCAGGAAGGACCUAUCCCCUUUAGCCAUUACCUUUCCACAGAAAAACUGGAACGAUGUGAGAAAAUUGGGGAAGGGGUGUUUGGUGAAGUGUUUCAAAUGAUUGUUGAUAGGAAACCUGUAGCCCUAAAAAUCAUUGCUAUUGAAGGAUCAGAUUUAGUCAAUGGAUCCCAUCAGAAAACCUUUGAGGAAAUCCUGCCAGAGAUCAUCAUCUCUAAAGAGUUAAGCCUCUUAUCUGAUGAGGCCUACAACCGCACAGAAGGCUUUAUUGGGCUAAACUCGGUGCACUGUGUUCAAGGGCCUUACCCUCUCUUGCUCCUCAAAGCCUGGGAUCACUAUAACUCAACCAAAAAGUCUGCAAAUGACCGGCCUGACUAUUUUGAGGAAAGUCAGCUCUUCAUUGUACUAGAAUUUGAGUUUGGUGGGAUCGACCUAGAGCAAAUGAAAACAAAGUUGUCCUCUGUGGCUACAGCAAAGAGCAUCAUACACCAGAUUACAGCAUCCCUUGCAGUGGCAGAAGCAUCACUGCGUUUUGAGCACCGAGACUUACACUGGGGGAAUGUGCUGUUAAAGAAGACAAGCCACAAGGAGCUCCGCUACACCCUCAACGGAAAGACAAACACCAUUCCUACCCGUGGGUUGCAAGUCAAUAUCAUUGACUACACCCUGUCACGCUUGGAGCGGGAUGGGAUUGUGGUUUUCUGUGACAUUUCCAUGGAUGAAGAACUAUUUACAGGUGAAGGUGACUACCAAUAUGAGAUUUACAGGCUCAUGAGGAAGGAGAACAACAACUGCUGGGGUGAAUAUCACCCUUAUAACAAUGUGCUCUGGCUACAUUACCUCACAGACAAGAUUCUGAAUGAAAUGACCUUUAAGACUAAAUGUAACACCACUGCCAUGAAGCAAAUGAAGAGAAAGAUCCAGCAUUUCCAUAGGACAGUGUUGAACUUCACCUCCGCCACUGACCUGCUCUGCCAACACAGUCUAUUUAAGUGAGCUGAAUGUGUCUUACUGUCCCAAACUGAGAGAGCCCUGGUCUUAACGCCUUCGGUCCUGUUUUCAAUCUCCAUCCCAGAGCAGGGUAAAGUAGAAUUCCAUUCUUAUAUGUUUCCAGUCAACUUUUCAAGCAAGAAUUUUGUUUUCAAGUGGAAACUGAAAUAUUUGUUGAACUGAUUAAACUUGCUGUUAACAAAUAUUCUUAAACUACAUGUAAGAACAAGUAUUUAUAACUUAUAAGUCCUGUUUCUAAUUGUCAGCAGAGUCCAUUCUGUAAAUUCCACAUUUUCAUUUUGAGCCUUGAAAUUGUUAUAUAAUCUGAACAAAAAAACAAACAAAAAAUCAAGAAAGCCUAGGUUACAGCUGUUAAAGUGAUCAGAGCCUGUUCCUUUAAGUAAUAAGCCUGGUGUUGAGAACCACAUUAUAGAUAAGAGGUCAAAUAAAAACAAAAAGGCUAUAUAGCAAAGCAAAGACCAAGAGGGAGUGGAGGGAAGGAAAAAAAAGACAGAUGGUUUGUAGGGGGCAGUGUGAGAAAUGUCACAUUUAUCAGUCUCACUCACCAAUCACAUAGAAGCAGAGGCAGAGUUUAUCAAUUUUCAAAAGAAAAAUAAAUGUCUCCAUGACUACAAAAA